CGUACCAGGAACAGCUUAUAUAAAGCCUCACUCACCUAAACUAUACAAUUGUUUUAUAUGACUAAUUGACGUUCACGUGAAACGGGUCAGGCAAGCUUUACAUAUUUGAUGAAGCUGUGCAACGAUUCAUUGACGUUGUUUCUCUUGUCGUGAUGGCUGUAACUCUGUUUGUUCUUUUUGUACUUCUGCUUUCUAGUCACGAGGCUGAUGGGAUCCUGCGCUUUGCCUCCUACUAUGGAGACCAUAUGGUCCUGCAGAAGUCUCCAGAGAGAGCGGUGCUGUGGGGCUAUGGCCCUGAAGAUGCUCAUGUCUUCCUCCUCUUGAUCGGACCAACAAAUCAGAAAGCUUCACCUGUCAAUGUGACAAAAGGUAUCUGGAGGGUCACCAUUGACCCUGUUGAAGCUGGUGGUCCCUACACUGUGAUAGUAGCCACUGAGAAUAGCACAGCCACUCUGACUGAUGUGCUGUUUGGAGAUGUUUGGCUGUGUGGAGGACAGAGCAACAUGUACUUUAAUAUGUCGCAGAUUUUCAAUGCAUCCGAGGAGCUGGCCAUUGCAGCAAAGUUCCCCCAUGUGAGAACUUUUAUGGCAGGAUUGAUAGAGAGUAAAACGGAGCUCACUGAUUUGACUAAAGUGGAGCUUCCCUGGGCCGUGCCUACAGAAGAAUCUGUGGCACCUUUCUCUGCAGUGUGCUGGCUCUUUGGUCGUUACAUGUACAAGUACCUGAAUUACCCAAUAGGACUGUUGAGUCCUGUUGGGGAGGCACACCUGUUGAGGUCUGGUCAUCUUCAAGAGCACUGAAGCAUUGUGGACUGGAGGAACCUGAAGAUGGGUAGGAUAUGAGAAAAAGGGCACUUACCUGCUACCUGAUUUGUGUUUUUUUCAGUUGGGAUGUGUAAUCCACCAUGUUACACACUUUUGUCAAACAAGAGAUUUAAAUAACUACACUGUUGCUACUUGUUGCACAUAU